UGUCUGAGGAAGAAGCUGCAUCUUCACUCGCCAGCCACGAGAGGACCUGGGGUCGCGCCGGGCGCCCGACGGACCCUCCUCAGGGACCCGCCUGCCCCACACCGACCGGCCCUGCCGGGCCCUCCGCACCAGGUGCCCCAGCCGCAGCCUUACCUGCGGGCUCCAGAAUCCCCAGGGCUUCUAGAGGAUGCUCGGGCCACCGACAGGGACCUCGGGGCAGCAGUGAGGGGGGGCACCCAGCCCCCCAUUCAGCUCCUGUCCUCCUGUGCCAGGGGCUCCCCCGGGGUACGAGCAUGGUGGUUUUCCCUUGGAGCCCCCUGGCUUGGUACGUCUGAGAAGAUGCCUGCCAUGAGGCUGUUCACUUGCUUCCUGCAGCUCCUGGCUGGGCUGGCCCUGCCUGCUGUGCCCCCCCAGCAGUGGGCCUUGUCUGCUGCGAACGGCUCAUCAGAGGUGGAAGUGGUGCCCUUCCAGGAAGUGUGGGGCCGUAGCUACUGCCGGGCCCUGGAGAGGCUGGUGGACAUCGUGUCUGAGUACCCCGGCGAGGUUGAGCACAUGUUCAGCCCGUCCUGCGUCUCCCUGCUGCGCUGCACGGGCUGCUGUGGCGAUGAGAACCUGCACUGUGUUCCAGUGGAGACGGUCAAUGUCACCAUGCAGCUCCUGAAGAUCCGCUCUGGGGACCGGCCCUCCUACGUGGAGCUGACGUUCUCUCAGCAUGUGCGCUGCGAGUGCAGGCCUCUGCGGGAGAAGAUGAAGCCAGAAAGGAGGAGACCCAAGGGCAGGGGGAAGAGGAAGAGAGAGAAGCAGAGACACACAGACUGCCACCUGUGCGGCGAUACUGUUCCCCGGAGGUAACCAGCCCCUCGGAGGAGAGAGACCCCACACCCAGCUCGUGUAUUUAUUACCGUCCCACUCUCAGUUACCUCCCUGCUGGCACCUGCCCUCUAUUUAUUAGCCAAUUGUAUCCCUGCUGAAUGACUCACUCCCUCCAAGAGGAGGGGCAGGGAGGGACAGGACCCUCAGGAAUUCAGUGCCUUAAACAGAACGUGAGAGAAAGACAGAAGACAGACCCAUGUGGCUUCAGCUUGGGAAGAAGCAAGACGUGUGGCUUUGUGAGGGGCAGGCCAGGCCCCAGAGGCUCCGGGGGUCACCAGGGGGCUGGAGAGGGAAGGACUGGAGACCCACCGCCUGCCCCCCGGCCUUGGGCUCCGCAUGGACCAGCAGCCCUUGCUGGGGGAGCUCCUGGCUGGGGUGGGAGUGGAGAAGCCUGCUCCCACUGGCCCUGCUGGGAGAGUGAGCAGGCAGCAGCUCUGCACCCUCUUCCUGGCAGCAGCUCUACCCCUGGAGAUCAGAACAUUCAGCUGUGGAGAACAGUGGUUGCCUGGGGGCCUUGGCCACUCCUUGUCCCCUAGGUCUGGCCUCACAUCUUGCCACUGCUUGUGCUGGGACAUUGUUCUUUACGGCUAAGGCGUCACCAUCCUGCCCCUCCCAGGGACACAGGCAAAGAGUGGCCCCAGGCUGGACAUGGAGCGAGCUGCCCCCGCGUGGCUGUUUGACCACCAAGCCAGAUUCUCUUGAAUAAAGUAUUUUAGUCUGGAAACAGCUUUCCAGGGGAGUGUGUCGGCCAGAGCAGCGGGCAAUAGCAGGACAUGGAAGCAGGACAGAAGUAAAGGGACCGUGGGCUCCAGGGCUCCCCGGGGGUAGCUCGAGCCUGUUGCUGCAGCUCCCUGGGGCAUCUUCUCCCAGGUGCUUUAGGCACGACCCUGAGGCCCACUCCUCCCGUAAUGAGGGGUUCCCAGGAUGGAGGCUUGGCCCCAAACUUGGGAGGCCCUGACCCCAGCCACCCCGAUCACCCUCAAAUUCAAGAGCACAGUCCCCUUCCUCUCCCCGCCAGGGCCACCCUAUACCCAGCCCAGUGCCCGACCCUCUGGACCCUGAGUGAAUGGGGGCUCCCAGGUGCCACAGACUGUGGCCCUGGGGGACUGAACUGCACCACCUCCAACCCACGCUGGCUGCUGAACGCAGGGAUUGGCAGAUGCUGCCUGAUCUCUUCCUCCUUUGACCUCCUGUCUUCCUCUGUCUUCCUCCUGAACACCUUGGCAUGAAAUGAGAAAAAAAUGUUUUUUCUUUUUUCAAUCCCAUACACUUACUCUCUGAUUCCCUUCUGCCUUUGACCCACAAGAUGUGUUUGUUUUCCUGUUGUGUUUUGGGAAGGGGAGCUCCCUGUUCUCUCUAAUUGCAGGCUGCUCAGACAAAGCCACAAGGCCCGGGGGCAGGGGCCCGCCCCAGGCUUUGG